GAAAAGCAAAAUGUUAAGAAUGUUUCUUUCUGCUGCAGGGACGAAGAAGGAGCUGUCGGAGACGAAGGAGAAGUGGGAAAAAGGGAGCCCAGAAGAGCAGGAAGAAGAGCGCGCUCCCGUCUCCUCAUUAACGAGCAUCUCCCCUAUGACGAUGACCCUCGGGGAGCACCCUUCCUCAGCCCCGCUCCACGCCCUGCUGAUGACAGCCGUGCAGGGUCUGACAACACCCACCCUGCAGAGAUUUAGAGCCGCAGAGGAAGAGCUGAGGGCCAUCGUAUCUCUCCACGGAGACAAGAUGGAGAGAGUUGGAGACGUCGUGGGAGGGAUCUUAAUCUGGCUCGACAACGUCUGCGAUCCCAGAGCCAGAAAAGCAGCGCUGAGGGCCACGGCCUUGCUGGCUCGCUCCCACCCCCAGGACGUGGUUCUAACCUGUGUGGCUCACACGCUGUCAUCGCACGGAUGUGCCCUUGAGCUGUGGAAGGCCUUGGGUGAAGAACCCCAGCUCACCAGGGAGGUGCUGCGGCAGCUGCUGGACAAACUCCAGCAGAGACGCCGGGAGGAGAAGAGCGGCCAUGUGUCUCUGGCUGCCAUGAAGACCAUUUACGAGGCCCUUUUCCUUUGGGGAUACCGAGAAGCCAUCCUGGAAAUGUAUCCCCAGCUGCUCAUCCUCUGCGUCAGGCAAGUGCAGUAUGUGAUGGAUCUGCACUUGCCAGAGCCCUACAUGGCCAGCGAGAUAUCCAGCCCCGAGGAGGGAUCCAGCUGCCUCAGCCCCCUAAGGUAA